CCCUAAGCAAAGUUCAUUGGUCAUGUCAUCUAUCUAGGUAAUUAGUGGAACUUCAAAGAGUAGACCAACUUCCUCUCAGUAUUUCACACCUCAUUUGCAGUGUACUGUACACGUCCCGAAAGAUUUUGACUUGAGUUCGAUAUUUGCUGAGCAUUCACUUGCCAAGAACAGAGAGAGAACAAAGAAAGGAAACCGACCUGCUGCCAAUAUGACGAUGCUUCGCGACUGGCAGCAAAGAUGCGCGAGAAAAAGGGCGGCUAGGGAUGAUUUGAUACCAAAAUCCUGGCUGGUACCCGAAUUGAUGAAAUCCCAAAGCAGCAAUCUGUUAGAAGUGCCAACGACAUGUGGUGUUCUGACCGAACAAGAAAUACGCAUAACUACUGAUUACGAUGCGGUAGGCAUCGUAGCAGCAAUCAGAGACACCACCUUCACGGCGGAGGAAGUAACCACGGCAUUCUGCAAGCGAGCAGCAAUUGCACAACAACUUACCAACUGCCUGACAGAGAUCUUUUUCGACGAAGCAAUCGAGUGCGCGCGAUCAUUGGACAAGCAGCGAAAAGCUAAUCCCGAGAAACAACUUGGACCAUUUCAUGGCCUACCUAUCUCUCUCAAGGACAGUUUCAAGCUCAAAGGCAAAGAUGCAACGAUUGGGCUGGUGUGCUUUGUGGGCGCACCAGCAGAAGAGAAUUCGGCACUGGUGGAUUUGCUUCAGUCGCUUGGUGCGGUUCUUUACUGCAAGACAAACGUCCCUCAAACGAUGAUGACGGCUGACUCGGAGAACAAUAUCUUUGGGCGGACUCUCAACCCAAACAAUAUUAGACUUACUGCUGGUGGCUCGACCGGCGGAGAGGGUGCUCUCAUCGUGCUGCGAGGCAGUAUUCUUGGCGUGGGCACCGAUGUGGCUGGGUCGAUCCGAAUCCCAAGCUCAUGCAACGGAAUAUAUGGCUUCAAGCCGACUUCUGACAUUGUUCCCUAUAGCGGCCAGCAAAAUGAUGUUGUGGAUGGGAUCGUGGGGAUUCCUCCCUCAGCAGGUCCGAUGGCCACCUCAAUACGCUCUUGUCAGUUCUUUAUGGAGACGAUUAUGAAGGCAAGACCAAGCGUUUUUGACUGUUCUGUCACCAAGGUUCCAUGGUUGGAUCUGAAGCCUCCUCGUGUUGAAAAUUUGCGUAUUGGAGUUAUUGCAGAUGAUACGCUUCAUACACCAACGCCACCGCUUCACCGAGCGCUGCGAGAAGCGGUGCAGAAACUCGUCGCUGCGGGCGUUACUAUCGUACCGAUCCAACUUACAGACGUGCAAAGUAACAUGCAUCUGAUUUGGGAUUUAUUCUCUAUUGACGGGUCGGCGCAUCUGAGAUCCCUUCUUGAUUCGACUAAAGAGCCGCUUGUGGAAUCGGUUAGACGAAUAGGUCUUACUACUACCCCAGGAAAGUCAAUUGAGGAGUACUUCCAAAUUAACCACGCGCGGUCCAUCUCCUCGAAGAAGUUCAAUGGCAUGUGGAAAGAAUACAGCCUCGAUGCAAUGCUGUGCUUGCCAGCGCCUCACACAGCUACUCCUUUCGAUGACUGGACGGUCAUUACCUACACAUCGCUAUUUAAUCUUUUUGAUUGUCCUGCUGUGAUUAUCCCCGUCGGCAAGGUGGAGGAUAUCGAUCUAUUGGACGAGGCUGCUCGGUAUGGAGAGAACGACCAGCGUGUCUAUGAUCUGUAUUCUGGUCCCGAGCUGUAUAGAGAUACUCCUACGACAUUGCAGCUAAUCGGGCAGCGACACGAAGAUGAGAAACUGGCAGGCGUUUCUGUUACGGUUGAUGGCAUUUUAAAUGGGCGAUAGGCGAGGUUUCUCUUUUUGUACGCCAUUUGGAUGAAGCCCCGGUAGGCCAAUUUUAGAUGCCCUCCGCUUCGGAAAAAGGAAGAUCCGAUCCUGAUUUAUAGCGAAUGCUAAAGCAUUUCGAACCAAGACUUUUUUGUACGAAAGGCAAUCUUCGAAAUACCAAAUGCG